GCUUUAUGGACUAGCUUCCAGUGCUCCUAUAAGAAUAAAUUAGAAAGAAAGAAUUGUAGCUUAUGAGCGGGGCGUAUAAGAUUGGUUUAUGCUGAUAGCCUAAUAGGAUUGGAUAAUUUGCCACAAUAGCGCAUUCAAUUUUCCUCUAGGCUCAAAAACAGCAUAUUCAUUUAAUUAUGGACAAAACUGGAGGUCAGCUUAUCGCAGCCAUGAAUUCUUUCAAAAGGCCGCGUACAAUCUUCACAACAAGCGUACCUAAAGAAGUGCAAAUUUUACUUGGGGCCUGUCAUAAGUUCGACAAACCAACCUUCAGAAAAUUGAUAAAAAUUGGUUUGGCUCAUCUCCAAAACCAGCAGACUGAAGAAGAGUGUGAGGCAGCCUUUGACAACAUAUGCACUGCUCUGAACUUUAGUAGCUACAGUGAGGCUCAAAGUCUUGCUGAGCAGUACAGUGGUCUUCUCACCCUUCUGAGUGCUCUGCUCUCUCUGAACGCCAACACUGUGCGACAGCUGCAUCUUCAGUUUGAUCUAGUUUCACUUGGUCUGAAGGAGGAGCAGGCAGGGGACCUGUGUCGUGUUGUGUACGGCCCUGCCAGAGACUCCAUCAACAAGCAGCUGCUGCAAACCUGUCCUCGGCUGCCUGCGCUUACACAAGUUCAGUGGCAACUGAAGACUGCUAUCGCCCCCCCGAACGUGGCGCACGUGGUGGAGCCGGUGCUAGCGCUGGAGCUGCACACACGUCACUCGUGUCACCGCAUGAGCGUGUCGCUGCGACGCUUCCAUGAACUGCGUCUCACCGUCGCCAGCCUCCUGCAACAAAUGCACGACUUCCUUGCCCUACCUUGUGCAGCUCGCCUGCUCCUGCAACCUGCUUCUGUUUGGGAAGUGCUUACGCAGGCUAAAAAUGAACCUUCUGUCCCUGUAGUGAGGCCGGCACAGGCUAAAGAUGAGCAAUUUGACACUGCUCUUGUGAGGCAUCUAUUAUCAGAUAGUGUACGACCGUCCUCAGCCAUAGAUGUGCAAUCAGACAGAGAAACGCAUCCUCUGAAGCAGCAGGUUAAUCCAGCAAAGCCUCAAAUUCAGGGUACAAAGUUUCCCGAAGCCGAGUUCCCAAAAAAAGACAUUUUGUCUCACGAUCUUGAUGGAAGAAACAAUGCAUCAAAACCUGCCGGAAAUAUUUUUUCUAAUUCAGGGAGUAAUGCGUUUAAAUCUGCAGAAGCUGCGGAUAAAAUUCCGGAAUUAGAGAAUAAUAUAUCUACUGCGAGAGAAACCUUUGCGCCUGCUGAGACAGGAACCAUCAAACUUGCUAGACAAGAAGCAUCCAAAUCUGCUGGAGCUGGAAACCCCAAGCCUGCCGUAGCCCCCCGACCUGUUCCUGCCGGAGGGGCCUCGAAGCCCACAGGCAGCGUCCGUCCUGUGCCUGGAGGAGGGAUUCCAAAACCUUCUGGAAAAUCAUAGCUGAUCUCUGUAUAUUGCAUUUUUUCAGAUAAAAUACUGCAUUUAUUUUUUGCGAUUGCAUACUGCAUUUUUUUCCAAUUGAAUAUGUAUUAACUUUUUCUGAUUCAGACUGAUUGUAUUACUUUUUAUUGUGUAUUGCAUUUAUUUUUCUAAUUGUAUAUAAACUUUGUUAUUUCCGAUCUGAAAAUUGUAUGAUAACGUCAUGCAAAUAAGCUAAGGUUGCGACUUUUGCAUUAUCUGUGUAGCUAAGGAUGGGCCACAUACAUGCCUCACCCACAGAUACCUUAUGAAAUACCGCCCAUUGCCAUACAGCAACGAUCAUGGUUGAACUACUAUAAGGUUGACCCGUGAGAAGCUCACUUGCGGAUGCACUUUUUGCUCGCCUGUGACGUCACUGAUCUAAGUGACGUCACGGGCAUUAAACAUUCACCGAAAUGCGAUCAAACCAGUCAACUAAUCUGUCGUGGGAACGACGGGUUUGUUUACCUUUCUUGAUCUCAGUGACGUAACAAGAAAGCUGAACUGAAAUCCUCGUGGGUCAACCUUGUAUAGUUCAACCGUGGCAACGACUGUCUAGUCUCCCUGACAGUGAUGCACGUGAUAACAGAGUGCCCAAACUACCUAUACCGCCGACUGAAUGAACUACUUUCCCGAUACAUCCCUACUGAACCCAAACGAAACCUUUGCCAGGAUCCUAAGGGAGAAUCCCCGAACUAAUUUUAGAGCAGACAACCUCGAGCAAUACCUGACACGAUGUAACUUGCUCCGAGAACUCUAGGCCUGCUUUUGUAUACCAACUUGAUGCCACACAUACUAUUCUCAUGACCUAGCAGUAUCUUCGCGACAUUGUGCCUUCCCCGCUCAACUGAGCGAUGGGACUUUUGAGCGGACGUCAACACUGGGAGUACAAACUGACUACGACCACCAUUAUCGUCCGAGUGGAGAUCAAGAUUUCAUAAAACGCUAGAAACCUACUACUACUAAUCCUUGUAUUAUCACAGUUUAGUAACGGUAUUGUCCUGUGUAAUUCUAGAUUUAAUGGAAGAUGAUGAUUAUGUUAUUUAAUUUUGUUUCUUGUUUUGUUAUUUUUCAUUCGUGCUUAUUUUAUUUAUUCUAUUAACUUGUUAAUAACAAACUUCAUAAGUUACAGGAUGGAUAUAAGGAGCUAUUUAUGAAUGACUCUUCAGUAAUUAUGGUUCUGUGAGUUAAGAAUCUUGGUUAUGAGUCAUUAUGGACGUGAUAACCGUACUGGACUGAGUUACUGUAAAACAUAGUACCAACUGGACGGAAUUUCCGCAUAGAAGCUAGUAACCGUAACCGGUUCACUUUGAGGUCACGAGUGACCAAAGAAUCAAAAAGGAUUUUUUUUUGCUUUAGUAUUGCUGAGCCCUUACAUAGCAAAAUAUUUAGUUAACUUUGCACGUGACAACAAACUUAUUUAUUUAAUCACCUAUACACGUAUUUACAUUUAUUUUUUACGUAAAGUACAAGCAUCCGAAAUAACCAGAAUGAAAAUCUCAACCUCCAAUUCAGCCAUGAAAGUCGAAUUUUAAUCAUAUCUAUUUAGAAAUAAUUUUGUGAACUGUACAUUAUCAAUAUUUUUAUAUAUACCUAAUAAUAGUACAGGAUUUACGCUUGCCAAACAUUUUUCUGAAUUGUGCGUCUGUGAUUUAUUCGUUUGCAUAUUUAUUUAUAGAAAAGUUUGUUUUUUCUUCCUAAUGUUUAAGAGAAAUUUAUUUUUCUCUACUUCAAUGAUACAUCUUGCUUUCAUUGCCGACUUAUUAAUUUCAUCUCGAGAGCAUAAAAAGAAUUGUGCCGAUGUUGCGGAUGAUGUGCAGCUUGUAGGUACCCAGUCUACUUUGUGGAUUAUAGUGACUACUGAAAUGAAUAUAUCAUUAAAUAUAUCUAUAUA